GGGCGAGGAAGUGGGUGUGUCCGGGGCGGGGCGUGCAGGUCCGAGGAGGUGCGACGGUCCCGGGCCGCAGCGCCGGGGCGCCGGUGGCGAGGUCAGGCUGGCGGGGCGUGGGCCCGCGAAGGCGGGUCAUGGCGGCGGGCGGCCGGCUGGAGGACGGUUCCUUGGAUAUCCUACAAAGUAUGGAUGAUGACCCCCUUCUGGACGCCCAGCCUCUUCCACACCACUCUUUGCAUGCUCACUUUAGACCCAGAUUCCAUCCUCUUCCCACGGUCAUCGUAGCGAAUCUGCUGCUGCUUAUACACGUUGUGUUUGUCAUUUUAGCAUUUUUAACAGGUGUGCUGUGUUCGUACCCUAAUCCAAGUGAAGACAAAUGCCCAGAAAACUACACCAACCCACUGAAGGUUCAGACAGUCAUAAUCCUUGGGAAAGUCAUCCUGUGGCUCCUGCAUCUGCUUCUUGAACGCUACAUCCAGUAUCACCACAGGAAGGUCAGGUGCCGCGGCUACUCCCAGAUCUACUGGUCCACAAGGCACCUCAAGUCGCUGACCCUCACCAUUCACUCUUCUGGCAACACAGCACUCCUGCUCCUCCUGUGCAUGCAGCAUUCUUUCCCUGAGCCCAGCAGGCUGUACCUGGAGCUGAUUCUGGCGGUCCUGACCCUGGAGAUGAUCUGCUCCCUUAGCUGUCUGCUCUUCUAUACAGUGAAAAUUAGGAGAUUCAAUAAAGCCAAGCCCCAGCCUGAUGUACUUGAAGAAGAAAAACAUUAUGCUUACCCUAGCAAUAUUGCCUCAGAGACCGGCUUUAGGACUAUUUCAAGUCUAGAAGAAAUUGUUGAAAAGCAAGGAGACAUAAUAGCGUACCUCAAGCGACACAAUGCCCUGCUGAGUAAGCGGUUGUUGGACCUGGCCGCUCAGCCAGCAAAGACAUGAGAGGCUUGUGGCUUGACACCACUGAGUUCACAGUAGCUUCAGACUGCCUGGCCGCCAUGGCACUGACCGCCCCUGCCUAAGUCACGUUCAGAGUGUGUGCUGGUAACCGGAAUUCAGUUCUGCCUAUGAAGAACAAUGUGUGUUCCAGAGAUGGGGGCCUCUGGGUAGUUUAUAAAAGUCUGGAAAACUUGACAA